AUGGCAUUUUCGAGUAUUGUACCCCUUGUCGCCCUCGCUCUAUCCACCGUUAGAGCUGCCCCCGCUUCUCAAAAUGCGGUUUGUUCUGACGGCACUGUUGUGCCCGACAGCGUUUGCUGCGAUUUUAUUCCACUUGCCCAAGAUCUUACCGCAACUCUAUUCGAGAACCAGUGUGGCGAAACUGGCAAGUCCCAUGAGGUGCUCCGUCUGAGCUUCCACGAUGCUAUCGCUAUCUCCCAAUCUCUUGGACCUGCGGCUGGAGGAGGUGCUGACGGCUCUAUGUUGAUUUUCCCGGACGUCGAACCCAACUUCGCUGCCAACCUUGGUAUUUCCGACAGUGUCAACGACCUUGCUCCAUUCCUUGCUUCAGGAAAAUUCCCGACUAUCACUGCUGGAGAUAUGAUCCAGUUCGGUGCUGCCGUCGCUGUCGGCCUUUGCCCUGGUGCACCUCAGCUGGAGUUUUUGGCCGGCCGACCCAAUGCCACUGCACCUGCAGUUGACGGUUUGAUCCCUGAACCCCAAGACUCGGUCGACUCAAUCUUGGCUCGUUUCGCUGAUGCGGCAAACUUGACCUCUGAAGACAUCGUCUCUCUGCUCGUAUCGCACACAGUCGCCCGAGCAGACCAUGUCGACCCCACUCUGGAUGCUGCGCCUUUCGACUCGACUCCAUUCACCUUUGACACACAGUUCUUCCUUGAAACCCUCUUGACUGGUGUCGGAUUCCCGGGAACUCCUAACAACACUGGUGAAGUGUCCUCCCCUCUUCCCCUCACUGUCGGUGUAAACGUUGGAGAGCUGCGACUUCAAUCCGACUUUGAGCUCGCUCGUGACAACCGGACAGCCUGCUUCUGGCAAAGCAUGAUCAACGAAGAAUCCUUGAUGGCAUCGAGGUUCCAGGCUGCUAUGGCCAAAAUGGCUAUCAUUGGACACAACCGUGCUGACUUGAUUGACUGCUCCGCUGUUGUUCCGACUCCCGUUCCUUCUUUGGGCGUCCCCGCGACUUUCCCGGCGACGAAGAGUUUCGCUGAUGUUCAACAAGCGUGCCCUUCGCCCUUCCCGAGUCUCACCUCCGACCGUGCUCCCAGGGAGACUGAGAUUCCUCACUGCCCCGACAACGAAGCCACUUGCACUUCUUAA